UAUGAUAUGUAUAUGCAAUGACAUCGUGAGAAAAUAAAUGCCCUUGAAAAGAUGUACUAAACUGGCCCUGGUGCACUGAGGCACCGGCCGUUUUAUCAAUUUUCUCACAGCGUCCAUUGACGCUAAUCCACUCAGUCAGUUUCUAGACCCCGUGAGAAUCGACUUCGCCUUCGUGACCGGCCACCGUGCAAAGUGGACAUGAUUCCGCUCUCACUGACGAUUUCACUGGUUGUGACAGCACUGUUUUGUGCUGUGCCCUCCACAUUCUCCCUGAGUCUUGAAGACCCAGAAGGAGAAAAGGAGGAAACAAAGCCUCUACCUUCGUCGGAUACAACAUAUGACAAAAUCAAGGACUACAAAAAGAAUCUGUCUCAGCGCCCGAAUAUUGUUUUGAUAUUCGCCGAUGACUUAGGUUUCGCCGAUCUCGGCUUUUCGGGCCACCCCAAUUCUAGGACGCCAACCAUAGACCAACUGGCCAGCAAUGGAAGAUUUUUUACCAAUUUCUACGUCUCUAGCCCCAUCUGCAGCCCAUCAAGGGCCUCUCUACUGACGGGGCGGCUGCAGGUCCGGAGUGGAGUGUAUCCGGGAACCUUCACCCCUGAUAGCACCCUGGGUCUCCCGCGAAACGAAACUACCAUCGCUCAGCUACUAAGUGACAAAGGCUACAACACGAUGAUCGUCGGCAAAUGGCACUUGGGCGUCGGCGUUUCGAAAGAGUACCUGCCCACUCACUUCGGGUUCGACGGGUACUACGGGAUACCUUACUCCCACGACAUGUGCCCAUGUCGCACCUGUUUCCCAGAAGACGGUCCGUGUUACGAUCUGUGUUGGCAACAGGAUGUCUCCUGUCCGCUCUUCAACAAUACGGACAUCAUCGAACAGCCAGCUGACCUCACUACGUUGACCGAACGAUACGUAAACAGAGCUCUGUCUUUCAUCGACAAUGCAGUUGCUCAGAAAACUCCAUUUUUCCUCUAUCUUCCCUUCCAUCAGGUUCAUCACCCUCAAUUUGCUUCAAAGAAAUUCCACAACAAGAGUCAGCGAGGGAGAAUUGGCGAUGCCCUCCUAGAGCUUGACUGGGCUGUCCAAGAAAUAGCGACUCGCCUUCAAAACUUGGGUCUUCUUUCUUCAACCCUGAUAUGGUUUAGUUCCGAUAACGGACCAAGCUUGACACGUCAUGAGAGAGGCGGCUGCGCCGGUCUGCUGAGGUGUGGAAAAGGCACCACCUGGGAAGGAGGCGUUCGAGUGCCAACGUUCGUUCACUGGCCAGACUACGUCAAACCAGGGCGAACAAGUGCCUUGGCAUCGACUUUUGACGUACUUCCAACCAUCGCGAAGAUGACAGGAAUUGACACAUCCAACCUUACUCUGGAUGGCAUCGAUAUUUCUUCCCUUCUGUGGGACCCACAAGCAACAAGCCCUCGUGAAUUCGUUCCUAUUUACCCUGAAACUCCAGAGAGAUCUUUGGGACCCUUUGCUGUAAGGAACGAUCGAUACAAAGCUCAUUUCUAUACCAAAGGUUCAGAUUUAUCUGAUGCCAGUAACUAUGAUCCAAUGUGCCCUGGUAGCCAUCAGCUGACUCUUCACGACCCUCCUUUGUUAUUUGACAUGCAAGUUGAUCCAGGAGAACGCUACGACCUUGGAAAAGAUCCAGACUAUAAAAAUGUCAUCGAUUUGCUCGUAGCAUGGCGUAAAGAGCACAUGGCAAAUAUGACGUGGAUAGAAGCGCGGACUCAAACCAUUGACGAAAGGUCUCAGCCAUGCUGCACUGACAACAAAUGCAAUCCUUUCCCAGGAUGUUGCGAUUGUCCUACCAACUACCAUCUCAACCACAUAUUCGGUUACAACUUUCAAACAAUACUACCAAUAGAUUAAACUAACAAGUUCUAAAAUUCAUUUAUGAGACAAAGACAGAAGAGGAAUAGAUUACUUUUGUCUCG